GAUCGAUCUACGAGAUACGAGAUCAACGCCUCGACGAAUUCAUAUGCGACUUGCAGAUACGAUAUACAGUUUUAAAGGACACUUGGAUCCAAUCAGAUCGUCAGGCCUUGUUCUACGAUUACUGAGAGCUGAAUCAAGAUGGCGGAAAUAGCGGCAGAUAUUCGAUCCAAUUUCGAUCAUGUCGACCCAGUAGUAACGGCAUACAUCACAGGGCUUGUUCAAGAUGAGGACGAAGAGAUGGAAGAGAUUGUCGAGAUGAUUAGGGGGAUGUUGUGGGACGCGAAGGUUUCCGAGGAAGCGCUGGAUUCGUUCAUCGGUCGAUUGACUGCCUACCUCGAAACCUCAUCGUCGGGCAGGCAGAAGGCACGUCCUACCGUUCACCGAUUGGAAAAGGCGAUCGACAUGAAGACGAGUGGUAUGAGCACCACGAUCGCCCUGUCUGGCCAAGUGGACCUCGAACACGGUGGAAAGAGCCAGGCCUCUCGAGUGGAUGUGGCCAAGUUGGCGAAGGCAGAGGCUAAGAUCAAGGCCAAGAUUCAGAAGCGAUCUCAGCGUGACUUGUACGAGGGUUCGAAGCUGGUGGAGAUGGCCAAGAAACAGCAGAGCUACGAGGAGAUGUUCAUGAAGGUCAACCCUCUCCAAUUGGGUGGGGCAGGCAAGGGCAAGAGCAAGGAUAUCCACCUGACAAACAUCGACGUAUCGUUUGGGAGCAACCGAAUCUUGUCGGGAGCCGAUCUUACGAUGGCGCACGGGAGGCGUUACGGUCUCAUCGGAAGGAACGGUAUUGGAAAGUCGACUCUACUCAGAAACCUCGCUUUGCGAGAGGUGCCUAUCCCUACUCAUAUCUCUGUGCUUUACGUCGAGCAAGAGAUUGUCGGAGACGAGACAACGGCGUUGGAGUCCGUCCUUCGAGCUGAUGUCUGGCGACACAAGUUGAUGACUGAAGAAGCCGAACUAAACGCCAAGCUCGAGCAAUUGGAGCAGAAGACGGCUCAAGACGGCGAGGCUGAAGUUAUCCGUAUCAACAUGGAAAAGGAUGAACUCGCAGCACGAUUGGGAGAGAUUCAGAAGAACCUACUCGACAUGGAAGCAGAAACUGGUCCCGCACGGGCUUCUAGCUUGUUGGCUGGUUUGGGUUUCGACGACGAGGACCAGAAGAAGAGUACGAAGUCAUUCUCUGGUGGUUGGAGAAUGCGUUUGGCCUUGGCCCGAGCAUUGUUUGUGCAGCCCGAUUUGCUCAUGCUCGAUGAGCCUUCCAACAUGUUGGAUCUGAACGCCAUCGCCUGGCUCGAGGACUACCUGCAAACAUGGCCAGGGACUUUGCUUGUUGUAUCCCACGACCGAGCUUUCUUGGACAAUGUUGCGCAAGACAUCAUUCAUCAGCACAGCCAGCGUCUCGAUUACUACAAAGGAAACUUUAGCCAGUUCUACGCCACCAAGACGGAACGAUCAAAGAACCUCAAGAAAGAGUACGAGUCGCAACUGCAAUACAGGCAGCAUCUUCAGGCCUUCAUUGACAGGUGGAGGUACAACGCCAAUCGAGCUGCUCAAGCUCAAUCCAAGAUCAAAAUCUUGGAGAAACUGCCGGAGCUCGAACCACCUGAAGCGGAAGACAGCGAGACCUUCAAAUUCCCCGACCCAGAAAAGAUUUCGCCUCCGCUGUUGCAGCUGAACGAAGUCAGCUUUGCAUACACAGCCGGCAAGGAGAUCUUGCAUACCGUCAAUAUCGAUGUCGGUUUGGACAGCCGAAUCGCCGUGAUCGGGCCGAACGGAGCCGGAAAGUCGACCCUUAUCAAGCUUUUGACCGGAAACCUUGAGCCUCAAGGUGGUCAUGUGACCAGGAACGGUAGGCUGCGAGUGGCAUACUUCACACAGCAUCACAUCGAUUCCCUCGAUGUCGAGCAAUCAUCAGUGGCAUUUUUGCAAACCAAGUUCCCAGGCCAGACUGAGCAAGAAUACAGGUCGCAUCUUGGUGCUUUCGGUAUCACUGGGCUCACUGGGUUGCAGAAGAUUGGCACAUUAUCCGGAGGACAGAAGAGUAGGGUUGCGUUCGCCGUCUUGUCGAUGCAAAGACCUCAUGUUUUGCUCUUGGAUGAGCCUUCGAACCACUUGGAUAUCGAGGGUAUCGACGCGCUGAUCGAGGCCUUGAAGGUCUACAAGGGAGGAGUGAUCAGCAUCAGUCACGACGAGCGAUUUAUUACGCACACAUCCAACCAACUCUGGGUCUGCGCCGGAGGUGAAGUGUCCAAGUUCUCGGGAGACGUUGAGAGCUACAAGUCGCUCAUUGUCAAUAACAUCAAGGCCAAGAACAAGCCCUAGGAAGGGAGCUUGCUUGUGUAGCGUGUUCCACCUUGUAGGAUAGUGAUUCAUCUUGUCGUGCCAUGCAUGUCGUCCGUGCCUGCUCGUCCACUUCAUCGAAAGAGAGUCGAUGCUCUUGGGUUAAUUUCCUCGAAGCCAACAUUGUCACGACAAACCAACAUUUUUGGCACAAGCCACAGCAGAAUGUUAGACUCAGGGGCUCAGGGCCGAGUGUUGCCCCAAUGUCUA